AUGCUGGACUAUAUGUUUGCCAUGGCGAUAUCAAUAGCGUCAGCCAUGGCGACGACAGAGACAGCCACGGAGUUUACCUUGAUCUACAGCUACCCUUUGCUUCCAUACACUCAAUUCGCCCUCCCCGCCGUGUCCAAUGAGCAGGGUACAAACCGCCUUAAACACAACCGACAGCCAGCCACCCCCGAUGACCAAUCCGUUGUGCGUCCAAAUGUUGAUACGCUGUACUCGCAGGCGGUCCUAGACCUUUCGGGUCAUGAUCUGGUGAUCGAGGUGCCUCCGAUCACUGACCGCUAUUGGGUAUUCCCAUUCUAUGAUGUCUACGGCGACAAUUAUGCAAACUUGGGAAGCAUCAAUCAGAGUCCUCCAGGGAAAUACCUCGUUCAUUAUGAGAACGAUACAGCACGCAAACCAGGAGUGUAUUCGUGUGGUGAGCAUUCAGCGAGCGGCAACGACAAUUGUGACGGGUAUCAAGGCAUCAUUACCUCCCCGACACCAUAUGGGGGCUUUGUCGGUCGGAUCUUGCUGAAGAACGGUGAGCGGGACCUCCAGAAGGUCCACGCCAUCCAGAACCAAACGGCGUUGUAUCGCAUCGCUCGCAAGGGUCCUCAUGGUCCUCGUUUAGCACCAAAGCUGACUAUGGAAAUGCUGAAUGGGUCUCUUUCCCGCGAUAUUCCCACCCGUAUCAUGCAGCUAUGCGCUCGCUUUGCGCCGUUCAGUCCCCCUCGGAAUAUUUCUGACAAGCAACACGUAGAUCGCAUGCUUCAGAUGGCCGGCAUACACAAUGGCCAAUACCACCCGACCGUGACAAACCUGACGGCCGUGGCUCAAAAGGCACGGGAGAACGUCCGUGCGAUUGCAACCAAACCCGGCAAUCUAAUCAACCUGAAGAAUAACUGGUACGGACUGAGUCCAUCCGGUCAGGGCGAUUACGACACCAACUAUGGCAUGCGAGCCUAUGUAGCGAAGAACGGCUAUCUCGCACUUGUCGCCACGGAAGCUCUGUACCCUUCGUAUCAAAAGGGAAGCUCGCUGACACUGGGCCCCAAUGAAGCUUAUACCAUAACCUUCAACAGCAAACCACCGCUGGCUGACGGUGGAUUCUGGAGCAUCACGAUCUACAACGUCCAGCAGUAUCUGGUGUCAAAUGAUCUGAACCGGUACGCCCUUGGGGAUCGGUCUGGUCUGAUUUACGAUGACGGCUCUCUUGUAUAUGCCAAUGAUGCCAAAAACGAAACCUUUAGAAUCCUUGUACAGCCAUCCGAUGUCUCGCCGCCGAGCAACCAGAUAGCGAACUGGCUUCCUGCGCCUGCCAAGGGUGGUGAAUUUUCUAUCACUUUGCGCUUUUAUGGUCCAACCAAUGUACUGGCAGACGGCCACUGGCCCUACCCUGUGGUGGAGAAACAUGGAGCGAUACGGGCAGAGACGGAGAAAGUGUAA